GGCAAGGGAGAGAGAAACAUCUGUCCAGAAUGACUGACAUCAAGGCAGGCACAGCGAGGCAGAGUGGGAGUCGCUGCUCUCGUUCCGUCUGUCUGGUGCUGGCGGCUCUGGCUCUGGCUAUGCACCUGCUGCUGGUCCUCUUCUGUUUCUCUGUUCUCUGGACAUCCUGCUUCCUCCCCCCGCUCCCCUCCUCCUCCUCCUCCUCCCCAGCCAGCAGCUCCCAGGUGGCCCACAAGGCUGAGAACGGUCUCAAAAUGGCUGCUGCAACAAAAGGGCCCAUCGAAGCUAAGAUGUCAGACAGAGACAGCCAGGUGGGAGGUCGCUCCAAGCUAAACGCUCUCUUCAGCCAUCCGCUGUACAACCUGCCCCGCCCCCAGCUUCAGGAAGAUGAUUGGCUGCUGAAGUUCAAGCCAGAGACAGAGCAGAAGACCAUGGAUGAAGCGCUGGAGAGUUUCAUACUAGACAGUGAGUGGCCAAGCGACAGCGAGGAGGAUGGCUACGACAGACUUAAUUGGACGAGCAGCGCAGAGACCCACCCCCCGUGGCUGCGGUUUCACCUGGGGAUCUCUCGCUGGGAGCUGUACGACAGGACGGACUCCAGCCUGGCCCAGCUCAUUCACGACCUAGCCACGCAACGCAUCCUCACCACAGUGCAGAAGACAGGUGGGACACAGCUGAAGUUGAAGAUGUCCUUCUCAAACCAUGGAGAAGCGCUGCUCAAACCCAUGAAACAGGAGAGGGACGUGGAGACAGACUUGAACCUCUUCUACUUCUCAGACUUUGAGAGACAUAACGCGGAGAUCGCUGCCUUUCACCUGGACAGAAUUCUGGGUUUCAGGAGGGUUCCUCCGGUGGUCGGCAGACUGAUCAACGUGACCACAGAGAUCAGAGACAUCACCACUGACCGCAAACUCUCUAGAACCUUCUUUAACUCUCCUGUGGGCAACGUGUGUUUCUUCGGCCAGUGUGACUACUACUGCUCCACAGAGCACGCGGUGUGCGGCCGGCCCCACGUCCUGGAGGUGUCCCUGGCCUCCAUGCUGCCCGACCUCUCCCUGGCCCCCCGCCGCUACUGGAGGUCACCCUGGAAACGCUCCUACAGCCGCGUCAAGCUGGCAGCCUGGCAGCAGGAUCCUGAGUACUGUGACAUCGUGAAGAAGACUCCUCCCUACAGCCAGGGCAGCCGGCUGGUGGACCUGGUCGACAUGGUCAUCCUGGACUUCCUCAUGGGCAACAUGGACAGACAUCAAUAUGAGACCUUUGAGAAAUUCGGGAAUGAGACUUUUCUGCUUCACCUGGACAACGGGCGUGGGUUUGGCCGUCAUUCUGUUGAUGAGCUGUCCAUACUGGCACCCCUACAGCAGUGCUGCAGGAUCCGUGUCUCCACGCUGCAGCGCUUGCGUCUCCUGUCCCUCCUGGAGUUCCGUCUGAGUGACGUCAUGCGUGAGUCCCUGUCCCAGGACCCUCUGGUGACGGUGGCUCCUCUCCUGUCUGAGCAGCAUCUCCAGGCUCUGGACCGCCGCCUGGCAACUGUCCUGCAGACAGUGCACACCUGUCAGAACCACCAUGACGAUGUCCUCUACAAUGAUGAAUAG